GGAAUUGGAGGAGUUAUUAAAAAUAAAAGUUACUAAUGACAAAUUUUGUUUUAUAUUGAAAUAUAUAUUUGAAUUUAAGCAUUUUCAUUGUAACACCUAGGAAUAUUCUUUUGAACUACAGCAUGUCAAAAUAGAAAAUAUAACAGUUGGUAAGAUUGCUUAUGCUUUUCGCGAUUACGGUGUUGUGUGUAUAAAGUGUAAAAAUUUGGAGAAAAAUAGUUAACUGAACAUAUCUCUAUUAUAUUUAUUAAUUUAGAUUUAGAUGAAGGUUAAAUUAUGCCAAGAAAAGACAAAUACGAAAACAACGGGGGUCCUUCAAAUCGUCGGACACAUACUUACAUGUCCCCAGAGGACCAAGCGAGCGGCAAAAAGUCCUAUUGGACCGAGCUGGAGAUAACGGGGACUAUCCGCAAUUUGAGUCCCAAUCUCUUCCAGUUAACGCACCUAACGGCUUUGUACCUAAAGAACAAUCAGUUAAUGAGACUGCCACCGGACAUUUGUAAUUUAGUGAAUUUAAGGCAUCUCGAUGUGAGUAAUAAUAAAUUAAGAUCAUUACCCGCGGAAUUAGGUGAACUUAUCCAUCUCAGAGAAUUAAAUUUAGCAAACAACUGUUUGAGAAUUUUGCCGUAUGAACUCGGUAAACUUUUCAAUCUCCUCAGUCUGAAUUUAACAGGGAAUCCUUUAAACAAGGAUAUACUCACAAUAUAUUCUGAACCUAAUGGUACCGUUAAGCUGUUAACUUUUAUGCUGGAUAAUUUACAAGUUACGACACCUUCUCCUCCGCCACGGCCGUGGAUUCCUUUGGCGAGGCCCACUACAAACAGACCAACAUGUAUAUUCACUGUGAUGUGUUACAAUGUUCUAUGUGAUAAAUACGCCACCAGGCAAAUGUACAGUUACUGCCCUAGUUGGGCCCUCAAUUGGGAUUAUAGGAAAAAGGGCAUCCUAGAAGAAAUCAAACAUUAUGGUGCUGAUAUCAUCAACCUACAGGAAGUCGAGAUGGAGCAGUUCUACAAUUAUUUUCUACCAGAACUUAAAAUGGACGGGUACAACGGUAUUUAUUCCCCAAAAUCUAGAGCUAAACAUAUGGCGGAAAGCGAAAGAAAAUACGUCGAUGGAUGCGCCAUUUUUUAUAGGGUAUCCAAAUUCACUUUGGUGAAAGAGCAUUUAGUUGAAUUCAAUCAAUUGGCGAUGGCCAGCGCGGACGGUAUGGAACACAUGUUGAAUAGAGUUAUGCCGAAGGAUAACAUCGGAUUAGCGGCGUUACUGCAAACAACGGAAGCGGCUUGGGACAACACUCCGUCCGACGCGCCUUUCCUCCAACAACCGAUUCUAGUUUGUACAGCCCACAUACAUUGGGAUCCGGAAUUUUGCGACGUAAAACUUAUCCAGACGAUGAUGCUUUCCAACGAGCUCAAAGCCAUCUUGGAGGAAUCUGCUCAAACUCUAAAAGCGCACGAUAUAAACACCGAUUCGAGUAACAUCCAACUCGUAUUGUGCGGGGAUUUCAAUUCGUUACCGGAUUCCGGCGUCACCGAAUUUUUAGGUACCGGUAGAGUGUCUAUGGAACACAAAGACUUCAAGACCUUCAGUUAUAAGGCGUGUUUGGAGAAAGUGCUCAGCUGUGAUAAACCGAACGAGUUUACGCAUUCCUUCAAAUUGGCAUCGGCAUAUAACGACGAAAUAAUGCCUUUCACUAAUUACACGUUCGAUUUUAAGGGUAUUAUCGAUUAUAUAUUCUAUUCGAAACAAACCAUGACGCCUCUAGGUUUGCUGGGUCCACUUUCUCAGGAAUGGUUGCAACAAAACAAAGUCAUAGGCUGUCCUCAUCCUCACAUCUACUCCGAUCAUUUUCCAUUGUUGGUCGAAUUGGAAAUGAUGCCGACCAUCACAACAGCAAUGAAUGGACUAAUCGGUCAUAGGUAGCAGCCAACGGUAACUAGAUCUUAGCCAUUGUCGCCUUCGCAUUUGCUGUGUACCUGUUGAUAAAAAAAAAACAAACGUAAUAAAAAAGACAAAAAUUCACUACAUGCCCACAACAGGCUCCACACUUCAACCACAUUCUUUUUCAUUUUUGGAAAAAAGUACCUGACGGCUUCGGCUUCGUCCUUUCUGAUAAAAAAAAAAAACAAAAACUAAAAAAAAAUUGCUACACACUUCAUAACUAAAGAUAUUACUAUUAGGUCCUCACUAUCUAUCCAUAAAUAAAAAGGAAAAUGUUUUGUUUUUUAAAGUCUUGAAAUAUAUGUCAAACACAGAAUGUCUCUUUUAUGCAAUUCUUCAAAACUGGUUGCUUCGGUUCAUUUUGAGGUAGUCUGAUAGUUAUUUGGAACCCUCUGGUACUUUUAGAGGCAUCAUAAGAAGAUUUUAAAUACUCUACAAUGGUUUCAAAGUACUUUCAAAUCUAUCAACUCAUUCUAAAGCUCCGUAAGACAAUUGAAACAUCUAUAUUACAUGUUGAGGUACUCUGAUAGUUACUUCAGUGAUUUUGGUUCAAUUUGAGGUACUCUGAUAGUUAUUUGUGUCCUUUUGGUACUUUUAGAGAUACCAUAAGAACUCUACAAUGGUUUCAAAAUAUUUUCAAACCUGUCAACUCAUUCUGAAGUACCGUAAGACAAUUGAAAUAUCUGUAUUACAUUUUUCCAGUGACUUUGGUCCAUUUUGAGAUACUCUCAUAGUUUUUUUGAACCUAUGGUACGUUUACAGAUACCAUAAGUACUCUACAAUGGUUUCUAAGUAUUUUAAAAUUUAUUAAUCCAUUCUACAGCACUGUAAAACCAUUGAAAUUACUAUAUUACAUUCUAAGAUACUCUAACAGUUAUUUGUGACCCUCUGGUACUUUUAGAGGCAUCAUAAGAAGAUUUUAAAUACUCUACAAUGGGAUUUCAAAAUAUUUUCAAACCUAUCAACUCAUUCUGUAGUACCGUAAGACAAUUGAAAUGUCUAUAUUACAUUUUGAGGUAUUCUAAUAGUUAUUCCAGUCACUUUGGUCCAUUUUGAGGUACUCUGAUAGUUAUUUGUGUCCUUUUGGUACUUUUAGAGAUACCAUAAGUACUCUACCAUGGUUUCAAAGUAUUUUCAAACCUAUCAACUCGUUAUGAAGUACCGUAAGACAAUUGAAAUGUCUAUAUAACAUUUUAAGGACUCUGAUAGUUAUUCCAGUGACUUUGGUCCAUUUUGAGGUACUCUGAUAGUUAUUUGUGUCCUUUUGGUACUUUUAGAGAUACCAUAAGUACUCUACCAUUGUUUCAAAGUAUUUUCAAACCUAUCAACUCGUUAUGAAGUACCGUAAGACAAUUGAAAUGUCUAUAUAACAUUUUAAGGACUCUGAUAGUUAUUCCAGUGACUUUGGUCCAUUUUGAGGUACUCUGAUAGUUAUUUGUGUCCUUUUGGUACUUUUAGAGAUACCAUAAGUACUCUACCAUUGUUUCAAAGUAUUUUCAAACCUAUCAACUCGUUAUGAAGUACCGUAAGACAAUUGAAAUGUCUAUAUAAACAUUUUAAGGACUCUGAUAGUUAUUCCAGUGACUUUGGUCCAUUUUGAGGUACUCUGAUAGUUAUUUGUGUCCUUUUGGUACUUUUAGAGAUACCAUAAGUACUCUACAAUGGUUUCCAAAUAUUUUCAAACCUAUCAACUCGUUAUGAAGUACCGUAAGACAAUUGAAAUGUCUAUAUAACAUUUUAAGGACUCUGAUAGUUAUUCCAGUGACUUUGGUCCAUUUUGAGGUACUCUGAUAGUUAUUUGUGUCCUUUUGGUACUUUUAGAGAUACUAUAAGAACUCUACCAUGGUUUCAAAGUACUUUCAAAUCUAUCAACUCAUUCUGAAGUACCGUAAGACAAUUGAAAUGUCUAUAUUACAUUUUAAGGUACUCUAAUAGUUAUUCCAGUGACUUUGGUCCAUUUUGAGGUACUCUCAUAGUUUUUUUGAACCUAUGGUACGUUUACAGAUACCAUAAGUACUCUACAAUGGUUUCUAAGUAUUUUAAAAUUUAUUAAUCCAUUCUACAGCACUGUAAAACCAUUGAAAUUACUAUAUUACAUUCUAAGGUACUCUAACAGUUAUUUGUGACCCUCUGGUACUUUUAGAGGCAUCAUAAGAAGAUUUUAAAUAUUCUACAAUGGGAUUUCAAAAUAUUUUCAAACCUAUCAACUCAUUCUGUAGUACCGUAAGACAAUUGAAAUGUCUAUAUUACAUUUUGAGGUAUUCUAAUAGUUAUUCCAGUCACUUUGGUCCAUUUUGAGGUACUCUGAUAGUUAUUUGUGUCCUUUUGGUACUUUUAGAGAUACCAUAAGUACUCUACCAUGGUUUCAAAGUAUUUUCAAACCUAUCAACUCGUUAUGAAGUACCGUAAGACAAUUGAAAUGUCUAUAUAACAUUUUAAGGACUCUGAUAGUUAUUCCAGUGACUUUGGUCCAUUUUGAGGUACUCUGAUAGUUAUUUGUGUCCUUUUGGUACUUUUAGAGAUACCAUAAGUACUCUACCAUUGUUUCAAAGUAUUUUCAAACCUAUCAACUCGUUAUGAAGUACCGUAAGACAAUUGAAAUGUCUAUAUAACAUUUUAAGGACUCUGAUAGUUAUUCCAGUGACUUUGGUCCAUUUUGAGGUACUCUGAUAGUUAUUUGUGUCCUUUUGGUACUUUUAGAGAUACCAUAAGUACUCUACCAUUGUUUCAAAGUAUUUUCAAACCUAUCAACUCGUUAUGAAGUACCGUAAGACAAUUGAAAUGUCUAUAUAAACAUUUUAAGGACUCUGAUAGUUAUUCCAGUGACUUUGGUCCAUUUUGAGGUACUCUGAUAGUUAUUUGUGUCCUUUUGGUACUUUUAGAGAUACCAUAAGUACUCUACAAUGGUUUCCAAAUAUUUUCAAACCUAUCAACUCGUUAUGAAGUACCGUAAGACAAUUGAAAUGUCUAUAUAACAUUUUAAGGACUCUGAUAGUUAUUCCAGUGACUUUGGUCCAUUUUGAGGUACUCUGAUAGUUAUUUGUGUCCUUUUGGUACUUUUAGAGAUACUAUAAGAACUCUACCAUGGUUUCAAAGUACUUUCAAAUCUAUCAACUCAUUCUGAAGUACCGUAAGACAAUUGAAAUGUCUAUAUUACAUUUUAAGGUACUCUAAUAGUUAUUCCAGUGACUUUGGUCCAUUUUGAGGUACUCUCAUAGUUUUUUUGAACCUAUGGUACGUUUACAGAUACCAUAAGUACUCUACAAUGGUUUCUAAGUAUUUUAAAAUUUAUUAAUCCAUUCUACAGCACUGUAAAACCAUUGAAAUUACUAUAUUACAUUCUAAGGUACUCUAACAGUUAUUUGUGACCCUCUGGUACUUUUAGAGGCAUCAUAAGAAGAUUUUAAAUACUCUACAAUGGGAUUUCAAAAUAUUUUCAAACCUAUCAACUCAUUCUGUAGUACCGUAAGACAAUUGAAAUGUCUAUAUUACAUUUUGAGGUAUUCUAAUAGUUAUUCCAGUCACUUUGGUCCAUUUUGAGGUACUCUGAUAGUUAUUUGUGUCCUUUUGGUACUUUUAGAGAUACCAUAAGUACUCUACCAUGGUUUCAAAGUAUUUUCAAACCUAUCAACUCGUUAUGAAGUACCGUAAGACAAUUGAAAUGUCUAUAUAACAUUUUAAGGACUCUGAUAGUUAUUCCAGUGACUUUGGUCCAUUUUGAGGUACUCUGAUAGUUAUUUGUGUCCUUUUGGUACUUUUAGAGAUACCAUAAGUACUCUACCAUUGUUUCAAACUAUUUUGAAACCUAUUAACUCAUUCUGAAGUACCGUAAGACAAUUGAAAUAUCUAUAUUACAUGUUGAGGUACUCCAAUAGUUAAUCGUGACCUUUUGGUACGUUUAGAGUACUCCACAAUGAUUUCAAAGUAUUUCAGGUCAUUUUGAAGUACCAUAAGUUUCCCCAGGACUAGUUUUUAUAUAUAUAUAUAUUUAUUUUUUUCUGACUUUAUACCAUAUUUUGAUGAAAUUUUUAUACCAAAUUCUCAUUUUUAACUUAAUAUGUAGAUACAAACGUUUUUCCUUUAUAUUUAUGGCUGUUGUGAGAUAUUUUUUCAAUUUUAUAUAUUUGUGUUGAUGAAAGGCCCGUUUUAUGUUAACUCGAAAUAAAGAGAAAAGCGCACAUUAAAUCGGCGCAGUCCCAGAAACGUGAUUUUUAUAUCUACAAGUAGAUUUCUGUGAUUUAUUUUACAUUUUAUUUUAAUUUCCUUUUUAUGUCACGUUUCUGUUAUCUCGAGUGGUUAGUGAUUUUAUUUGCCGUUAGCUUUUGCGAUGUAAAAACUAUUUGGGGACAUUUGAGAAAAUUUUAUUUUUUCUGUAUAUAGUCAUUUUUUCAUUUUUUAACCAAAAAAAUCCGAAAAAGUUCGAUCGACAAUACCAAACAAUCUAUUUUAACACUUUUUUUUAUCAUUAUUUUUUUUUUAACUAUUUCUAAAAGAUCCCUUGAUAUUUUUUUAGCAUAUUUCUUUUAUUUUUUAAGGCGCCACUACAGGGUGGCUUCGUUCAAUAUAAAUAUAUACUUAUUUACGAGGUGUGGCCGUUAAAUAAUGAGAUCAGUUGCAUUUUAUUUCGAUAUUUUGUAUAUUUAUUUGUUAUCACCUUCCAUUUAUCCACCUCCAUGUGUAUCUUCCAUUGUUCCAAACAGUUUCUUUCCAUCAGGACGCGUUCCGCUUCAAAUUUAGAUUCAGAAAUCGCUCUGAUUCUCAGUUCAAGGUCAGAUCCAACUGGAUUACCGACUUUUUCGAUAUUUUCAUCGUUUUUUGACGUGGAACAGCCACCCCGUCUUCUCGGCCAUCUUACAAACGCUUAAAUCGCUGAAAAACACAUCGACGCAACAAAAAUUCAUUGUUUUUUUGUAAAUUUAUCACAAAAAACAGCUCCAAUACGAACGAAGGUAACGGCUACACUGGUUUGUCUACAGUUACGUUAGCUGACAAUUGUUAAUCUUUGGCGCAUGCGUAGCCACACCUCGUAUAAAUAUUUCACUUUUUAGGUACAUUAAAAGUACAAUUAUAAAUUAUAAAUGAGGCUCAAACUUGAUUAAUUAAGAAAAUUAUUAACAAUUUAAUAUAAAUAAAUAAAAAUUGGAUAUAUAGUAAAGUCAAAAAAAAAUUAAUCGAAUAAUUGUUUAGUCUUUACUUGAUUCACCCCCCAUUUUUAAAAGAAUUAGUUCUCCACUUUCCACUCUUAUCUUUUAUAGUUUUUUGCUUAAUUUCUUUCGAAAUUUUUGAUUGAAUGGCAUCAAUUUUCAAUGAAAAACAAUACAAGAAGAAGAAUUUCACAUUCGGUCGCCAUUUUAACCUCGCCUUCAUGUUUUUUACCAUCUACCAUAUACACCACGAUCCAAAGGACCCUUUUUCCUCCUCCUCUAGACAAAUUUAGAAUGCGGUUGAUACCAGCUGCCAAAGAUCUUCGUCUUCUAUUCCCCAUACGCUCCCAGGUGUAGUGCUCCGGGGUUCCAUUCGAAAGAAUUCGGAUAAAAGUUUCACCUGUCAGCUAUUUGGUUCCCUGUUUGUUGGCUGAUGAUCUCCUGUUUGCCAUAAUUUCUUUUUAAAUUGAACUAAACACAUUUUUGAUAUAUUUCUACUUGAAAAAUUAUUGUUUUGUCGCCCAGGCUUCCAGAAGCGUUUAUUCUGGGCGCGCACGCGUCUGUUUCAUUCCAACCUUAUUUUUAUUGCUUCAAUUAAGUAAAAUUACUUCACACUGUAAACGAAUGGACUAUAAUGAGUUGUUUUUUUAAUCACCGCGUAUUUAUAUCAGUUGUUUUAUCGUGAAAAUAUGAUUUAACCUCACUUUAUUCGGAAUACUAACCUCACUUUUGAUAUUAAAUUCAAUAUUUAGUAGAAAAAUUUGAAUGUAUAGAACUUUUUGGUUGAAAAAUAGAAAUAUGAAGGGAUACUGGACUUUUUUGGGUGGUGCAGGUGUUGUGAUGUGUUUAUAAUUUUUUUUAACACAACGCGGUAAAAUAUUUUCUAACAUUCAAGAGUCACCCGCGUUUAUUUACCGGUUUUUUUUCAAAAUUUAAUCACGUAAGGUACACGGUAAAAAUUAAUCAACAUAUUCCGAUACACUCUUGAUUGUUAGAUGGGCUUUUUGGAAUUCGGUGAAAGUUUUCGAACGAAAUAAUGAUACGUUACAAAUUGUAUAAUAAUUUUUAUUUGGGUAGUCGAAAUAAACCAAAAAAAAAACAAUUUAAUUUGUUGUAUUUAAAACGUUAAAUUUCAACAAUCUCUUUUUCAAAAAUCUAUUUUCCAGAUAUCUGCCCAAAGAUGUGCGAGUACCGCCUAACAAAUUUUUAAUCAAACAAAAAUAUAAGACAGAAACCUUAAAAUCAUCUCAACCGUCCCAAAAAAUACCAAAUCCCAUUGUCGAUUUGGACAAUAGAUUAAAGAGAUUUACAAACAGUUCAAAAACUUUUUCAUGAGAGUCGUCGCUGUGAGAUUUGUUGUGUUUUUUUUUUAGGUCAUAAGUCUGAGGAUUUUUUUUUCAAACGCAAUGGUUGUUCUAUUUGAAAUUCCAAAAAUUUAUUUUUAAAAUGCGACAAAGUCCUUCAACGAUGGCUGAAUCGGUUCAAUUGGAACGCCAAUGAUUUUAAUUAUUAUUUAAAAAUAGAUUUUUUUGGAAUCUCGAGUAACUCUUCAUUGUUCAACUGAAUAAAUAACUGUGUUAAGUGUAAUAAUAGUUUUAAGGUAGUGAAUAUCAGUACAACGACCGUACAUUUAACACAUUCUCCACCAAUAUACCAUCCCAUCGUUGACCUAACCGAACCCCAGACAUUCCUUGUCAAAUAUUUCAUUUCUUUUAAUGCAUUAACCGCCGUUUUGUUUCAUAAACUUUAGUUUAAAGAUAACCCUAUAAAAAAAUCCAUAUAACUCAGAUCCUGACUUCGUGGCGACCAGGGAAAAUAGCGUUGAAGUAUGAUCGAUUGACGCCUCUUCUGGGUAUCGAAAACUGCAAAAUUCUGUUACUCUGAUGUAAAAAAGUCGCCAUAGGGCUUUUGGUAUUCGCGUUUGAGGUUUCCCCUACUCUCUUAGCCUGUUGAUGUACAAGUGAGCCUCAUCAGAGAAUAACAUGUUGAACGUUAAUGCUCUGCAACGCUUAGGAAUGUAUUUAGUAAGAUUUUCCCUUUCCCUACGUGGAUGUUUCCGUUUGUGAAGUUGUGAACUAAAUUCUUAAUCGUUCGAAUGGUGUAAUGGUGUGGAUUUUAUUCAAAAUUAAAAUUUUUAAGGAUUUAUGGCACAAUCUGUACUUACCUCUCUCUAACCAUAUUUCCAGGUUGCUAUUCUCUGUAUGCCGUUUCUCAUAUUUAUUCCAUCUUAUUUCAUUUUCACUUAACUAUUCUUAGAUUUUUUUUGCACUUCACUCACUACAUUUAAUUCUUGUUAAAUUGUCCCUUUACAUCCUCUAUUUUUCUCAUUUCACGCUUUAAUAUUUUUUGCCUCAAUCCGUUAGCACAAACAUCAAUGUAAACUAUUGAUAAAGUUCAAAUUUUACCAAAGCUUGCACUUGAUUAGAGUAGAUGGGCCAUAAAAGGAUUUUUGGUGGUGAAAUGGGGCUUAUAAUUAGCUCUAAAAAUAGGUUAUGUACAUUUCUUUUGUUUAUUAUGAACCAAAAUAUCUUAGCAGGAAUCAAAUUUAUUAAUCUUCUUCUUCUUCUUCUUUCCAACAUGGAUGAACAUAUUAGUAGACUAGUCCAGCAUUCUCGACAUCGUUUAGGUUAGGUUAGGUCUUCUUUCUUUUGGGUUGUUCAUUUUUGCAUUUUUAACAAGUUUACUGUCUUUAUUCCACUUUGCUGUUCGAUAUCCUCAUUUCGUUAUAACUUCCAAGUAUCCCAAAAGUCAAUUUGAGUCCUGGCGCGAAAUUUUGGGUCAUACCAAACAAAACGAUAGGUUAAGUUUUUGUUAAAAAGUUUCUCCUCUAAUUAAGGACAAGCUUAGAUUAUUUUUGGAACCACCUCUUAACUGUUUUAUUUUAAAUAGAUUCUUCGAAUAUACAAAACUGUGAUACAUUGAAAUUUCAUCUAACAUUUUCAAUCAAUUAAUGUGUGUGUUAUUUAACCGGUAGUUGUGCUAUUAGUCACUUGCAGUUUUUUUUUAAUUAAUUUUUUUGUGACAUUUCUUAGUAGAUAAUUUUGUAUUAGUAAAUAUAGUGCACAGAAGUUACUGAGCAACAUUUAGAAACGGUUUUCGUGUAAUAGUCCGAGAGCUUGCAAUGAAAUUGUAUGUUUUAUUUUGAUUCUCCUAUUGUGUACUUUUUGAUUAUGUAAUUUUUACAAUACUCUCAUUUUCUUUUUCGAAAGUUGAUUAUUGUGUAAAAAAAUGAAUCGUUUUUAAUCUAUUUAAUCAUUAGAGAUAGUUUUGUAAUUUUGAAAAAAAAUCUACAUCCUACUAUAUAAUAUCAUGUAGUUUUGUUGCCAGCUUAAAGUCUAUAAUUAUAUUUUUCUUCUAUAUUUGUAGAAAAGCUAUUUUAAAAUAUUUUUAUUAGAAAGUGAUAUAUACUUGUGAUUUUUGAAAACCAUUUCUAAUUGUACGGUUCUUUUAUUAUUUUAGAAAAAAAAAUAUACAGGAUAUUCUGUAUUUUUAAUUAAGGAACAAAAUAUCUUCUACAAAUUUAGGACAUCCUGUGUGUUACUUUAUAGUAAGUUUUACUUUUUUCAAUACUGCUCAUAAUAACACUAUAAUCAAACUAAUAUAAUUAUUUUUAUACCAGCGAUAGCACCUUUCGAUUAAUGUGUAAUGUAGCAGAUUAUCUUCGUCUACCUCCAAUACAGACUUUUCAUCAUCCCUUCUAACAUUAAAAAACAAAAAUUAUUUAUAUGAUAAAUUAGCUGUGUUAUAGGAAGCUCUUUUAAAGAACACUUUGUAUAAAAAAUCGUUUAAAUAGACAAUAAUAACGAAUUUCUAUUUAUUUCUCAUUAUGUGCCAAUCGGAAAACCUUUUCGUACUAUCCUAUUUAGAUGGAGCCUUUAAAAUGUGAAGGGCUUCAAGUGAAUAUCAAUUUUAAUCACAAAGGGAGUCAAUUUAAAUAUUUUGAAAAGGAACAUUAUUUCAAAACAAAAAUAAAUUAAUAGAAAGUUUACUAUAACUUAUAACACCCGUUCCACUGUUUUUCUAUUUUAUGUUGUAGAAGGAAGAAAAACACGAAUUUUCUAUAGGAAAACCGAAAAUAUAUACAGCAAUUUAACACCGAUUACUUUUGUUUUCUACGGAAUUUUACAACGUGGUUAGUCGUCUGGACCAAGUGCCAGAGCAAAAAAAGUGUCUUCGGGGGUGUCCCCCGAAUAUAAAUCCACGUUUCAUCGAAUAUCUCGCUAACCCCGCAUCGUACGACAAAAAUAGUGGAAAUCAUUUUUAUAGAUAAUAAUUUUUUCCAUAUUUUUCAUUUGAAACUUUUUUUUGUGUAUAACGUAGGUUUUUAAUGAUAGCGCUCCAAACUUUUUACAAUAUGAUUUUUACUGAACUCUUUUAUUUUGAGUCUUUGAACCACAACAUCAUUUAAAAGUUGCCAGAGACGUUUUUAUAAAUGGAAGUUCAAAAGUUGCUUUUCUUGACACGUUGGCAUCAAAAAAAACCCUUAGGCUGUUUUAUUUUGAGUCCACUCUUCAAUAUCCAUAGAAACAAGCAAGCAGCACUUUCACUAAACACAAUUGAAAUGACGGCGUCUUUUUUAUUUGUAAACAAGUUUAUAUUAGUAAUCAUAGCGUUGGCAACAAUGCCAUUCACAACAACCUUGUAAUUAUUUGAAUAUUAAUAUGUUUAUUGUCAUUCAAAAUAAGGUAGUUAUACAAAAAAUAUUGUAUGACAUUCGUGUUAAAAGUGACUUUAUUUUGUGAAAUUGUUGCCACCAACAAAAUAAAAUCACUUUCAACACUGAGUAUAAUUAUUUUCCUAUAAAUAUAUAAU